AUGAAGGAAAAUUAGAAAUCUGACAUAGCUCCUUAGGAUAAACAAUGGGAAUGGAUACCAUGUUAAUAUGAUGUGAAACGUAUAUCUAAGGAUACAGAAACAACUUGGAACUUAAGUCCAUCUGUACAACUUAAAAUACCGUCAGAUUAGGGAUAGAUUGAUCCUGUGAUUGAUCUCAAAAUAGAACAAAGUAGAAAUUUCAUUUACACAAACAAAAAUGGUUUGGGUUGGAAUUGGCAUAAGAGUUGGAAUCUACCAGAUAUUGGUGUUGAAUUGGAGGUACAAAACAUUAUGUUUUAAACAUCCUUAGAUAACAGAUCCCACCACUGAUGAGAAGCUUGCUCCACCAGGCAAGAUCUAUGUAUUUAGCUUCUUUUAAUUUAGGCUAAAAUUCAAAUUGUAAAACCAACAGUAAGUCCAAUGAAAACUUUUCAUUUAUUAGAAGUAGGUGUUAAAGGCAAUUAAAAAAUGGAUUUAGAAAAUAAUAAAUGCAUUUUCUCUGGUCUUAAAUUUAACACUACAUCUUAUAAUCAUGAUGUAUCUUAUUUAUAUAUAUAUAAUUAGCAUUAAAAAUUCCAUAUUAUAAUAACACUUUAUCUUUGUUAAAGUAAGUUUGAAUUCCCAUAAAUAUUAAUAUCACGUAUAUCUCCUCCUAUAUUUGUUGAUUCAAGAAAAUCAGCAAGAGAUAUUGAAUAAUAAAAUAAAUAGAAAUUAUAAUCUUAUUUUGAUCCAUUUCCAAUUACAACUCUUGAAAAGUAAUUUACCACAACUAAACCAUAAAAUACUGAAGUUAUAACUAAUACUAUAGAAGGAUUGAAUAAUUAUUUUUCAGCUCCAAAUAUUAGACAUAAAGUUAAACAUCCUGUAUUUCUAUGCAUCAAAUUUAGUUCAUGUAUUAAAUUAUAUCUUAAUACAAAUGUAUUUAAAUUCUAAGAUUCUAAAUCUUUAGUAUUAACAAUAUAAUAAGUAUUAUACAAAAGCACUAAUAAUAAUGUCAAUAAUAAACUAGAUUAAAAAUAUAUUAUAUUAUGUGUUGAUAGCAGUAAUACUAUUAGUAAAUUUUAAUAACAUCUAAAAAAAUUAUAAGAAUUCCUUGAACCAUUCAAUAAUGAUGAUAUUGAAGUUGUAAUUGAUCCUAUUGAAUUACCUAAAAAUUUUACAUAAAUUACAGAUUUAGCAGAUAUUAAAUAAGCAUACAUAGAUGUUUAUGACAAACUUUUAUAAUUGAAAAAGAAUGAACAAUAACAUGAUGAUAAUUAAGAAUAUGAAGAAUAACCAAGAAAGAAAAAGAAACCCAAAGAACAAGAAGUAGUUUAAAAUAACUAAGAAAAAAUCAUUAGAAAAGUUAUUUAAAUAUAAGGUCCCAAUAUUUCAUAACAAAGAUCACAUCAUACACAUGUUAUUUAAAGUGCUGAAAUGCUUAUAGAAUAAUAACAUUAAUAUCUUGAUAAAGAACAUGUAAAGGAAGAACAUAUAAUUUAAGAAGAAAAACCACAUUAGUUUGGUUUACCUGAUCUCAUUUAAUAAACAGCUAUCAAUCUAAAUAAAAUUUUAUUAAGAGCCUUAUUACCUCAACAAUAACAGCCAUAAUGAAC